UAUGAAUCCGGCUCUGGGCGGGGACCGGGGAUCGCGAUCACGACCGGGGGUCGCGACAGACCCCCACGGCCCCCUCCCCCGCUGCUGCCAUGUCGGCCGAAAACUCCGUGCCGGCAGAGAACGGGCAGGAGAUGAAGAGCGUGGUGAGCCGGGUGGCCAACCUGGCCCUGGUGAGCUGUGCCUGCGGCACCGUCUCCACGGCGUACGCCUCCACCAAGGAGAGCCACCCCUACGUCAAGUCCGUCUGCGACGUCGCCGAAAAGGGGGUGAAGACGCUGACGGCGGCGGCGGUCAGCGGGGCCCAGCCCAUCCUCACCAAGCUGGAGCCGCAGAUUUCCACCGCCAACGAAUACGCCUGCAAAGGGCUGGAUAAGCUGGAGGAGAAGCUGCCCAUCCUGCAGCAGCCCCCGGAGAAGGUAACGUCUCCCCUGGGGGACACGGAACGGGGUGGGGGGGCCAGCGCUGGGCGAGGUGCUGGGACAAGGCGUCCCUCUGCUGUCCCCUCCCAGGUGGUGGCAGGGACCAGGGAGCUGGUGUCGUCCACCGUGAGCGGCGCGGUGGGCCUGGCCCGCGGCGCGGUGCAGGGCGGCGUGGAGAGGACGCGCUCGGCGCUGGGCACCGGCGUCAGCACCGUGGUGGGCUCCCGCGUGGGCCGGCUGCUGGCCACGGGGGUGGACACGGUACUGGGAAAAUCGGAGGAGCUGGUGGAACGAUACUUGCCUGGGACGGACGAGGAGCUGGCGGCAACGGCGGCAGGCGCGGAGGCGGCCACGCCGGAGCGGCAGAGGCGGUGGCAGAGCUACUUCGUCCGCGUGGGCUCGCUCUCGGCCAAGCUGCGGCACCGAGCCCUGCGGCGCUCGCUGGGUGAGCUGCAGCGGGCACGGCACAGCGCCCAACAGGUCCUGGCCCAGCUGCACCACAUCAUCGAGCUGAUCGAGCACGGGCGGCAGGGAAUGGACGGGUCCCUGUACGGUGCCCGCCAGCAUCUCCACCGCAUGUGGCUGGAGUGGAGCCACCAGGAUGCCGUGCCCACGGAGGAGAGCGAGGUCGAGGCACGGACGCUGACCAUGCUGCGUGGGCUCCUGCGCCAGCUCCACGCCGCCUGCACCCGCCUGGCCGCCGGCGCCUGGGGUUUACCCAGCAGCAUGCAGGAGACGGUGGGACAUGUCCGGCACGGCGUGGAGGGCGUGCAGGCUUCCCUCUCCCACGCCCACUCUUUCCACGACCUGUCGGGUUUGGUGCUGGCGCAGAGCCGGGAGACGGUGAUGCGGGCGCAAUUGAGCAUCGACGAGCUGCUGGAGUACAUGGGGCAGCACGCGCCCCUGCCGUGGCUGGUGGGACCCUUCGCCCCGGCGCUGGUGGAGUAUCCGGAGGAUGUCCCCAUUGAGAUGGCCAAGUGGGAGGGUUGUAUCACCGUAGGGGGGACGCACCAGGUGCCCGCUCCCCCACGGCUCUGCAGCCAGCACUGAGCCACCGAAUUUGGGGGAGCACCCGCCCGCCUGCGGCGGCGAACCCCGUCCCCGCCGGGGACGUGGGGACGACGGACUUGGCGACCCGGUGUGGGACCACUGAUGCCGCACGAGCUGGGGGCUCGUUCGGGGAGGGAGGGGACGGUGGCACAUGGAGGACACGGCGUGUGCCCAGCCCUGUCCGUCCGGGGCUCUCCGCGGUGUCCCCGAGCCGAGGGAGCGUCGGGAUUUCUUGUCUUAGCGGCUUCGAAGCACUUUAACGAGGAAGAAAACAACUUUUUAGGCCUUAAAA